AUGUUGUACGAGCUCGUCGCAAUUGUUCGACCCAACAACCUCGUCGAGGUCAAAGAAAUUGCCCGCACAGCAGGAACACUCAUUCUCAAAUCCGGCGGGACCAUCCGUGGUAUGCGCAACUGGGGCGUAUCGAGUCUACCCAAGCGAACGCGCAAACAUCAAGCACAAUACCAUGAAGGUCAUUACUUUGUCAUGAGAUACGACGCCGCGAGCCGGACACAAGAUAUGGUACGGACGAUUCUUGGAACAGAUCCACGGAUGAUCAAGUUUAGUUCGGUGAAGUUGGGAGAUGGCACAUUGGAGAGUUUGAGUAAAUUUGGAUCAAUCAUUCCUUGGACAAUGGAAGAACAUGUGAAGGAGGCAUGA